CAUGGCGGCGGUAGCGGGAGAUGUUGUCAGUACUCGUCAUAAAUUACUAUCUCUUAUCGACGAUGUGGAGAUAGCAACUAAAGAAUUACUGGAGGUGAUGAGUGCCCCUAAAGGUCAGCAAAGGUCAGAUCAACCGGACACAGUGAUGUUGAUGGAUCUUCUCAUUCACAAAGACAAGGAGAUCAAAGAAACGCUUAAACUGGCAGAAGAACAAGGAAACAUCCAGAAAACUAUAGAUGAGCUGAAAGCUGAGGUUGAUAAGAGAGAUCAUGACAUUAAAAACCUUCAGAAAAAUUUGAAGGAAGCAGAGACAAUCUUGGGCACAGCAGUUUAUCAAGCCAAGCAGAAGCUGAAUGCCAUUAACCAGGCCAACAAAAGGACGAUAUCAUCUGAGGAUCUCAUCAAGUUUGCUCACAGGAUUAGUGCUGACAACUCCGUCGCCGCACCGUCAACGUGGUCUCUAGGUGACCCCCGACGACCGUACCCUACAGACUUUGAAAUGCGCAGUGGAUUCCUGGGUAAAAUCAAUGAUCUACCAAUCAGUUCAGUCCACACACAGAUCAGCUACAGCGAUGCUCUAGGGCCAACCAGGCCACCACAAGUUGAACAAAUUCCAACAUCCCAGAAUACAAGUUCUGUCUCCUGGCAACCACCAAUGGAAGUGACUCAUUCUCUAACCUCAUCAAGCACCAACACACAUCACCAUCAGAACACACAUGAGAGCUCUCUCAAGGGACAUAACAAAGAGAAUGAGGAUGUUGAAUACAUGUCCAGCGAGUCAUCAAGUAGUUCUUCCAGUGAUGAGUGACAGAGUUACUGACAAAGUUAUGCGGCUAUCUGUCAAACAUCGAAGGUUUUGCAUGGUUUAUCUAUUUGACGGAGGGCAUGCAACCGUGUGUCCAUCUGGUAUUCCUGCUCUGCUGUAGAUGGAGAAAGAAAAAGUAAACAGUGGAAAGAGGUAGCCAUGUUUUUUGAGGAUUUCGGUUCAAACUUGCACAGUUCUUCAAAUUAACGAGCAGCGCAAAGCAUCUAGACUAGCUCUUUUGAGAAGAUUGAAUGCAUGAGCAGGUUUGUUGUGAGAUCUAACCUGGCUCUCUCGUGAGGUGUGAGUUCAAAGUCCAAUACUUUAAUCCUGAGCAGGGUAAUGACUGGGCUAUCCCUGGCUCAGUUACAGUUUGAGAGUUCCGUGAGGGGAGAGGUACCUGAAGAUGUGCGUGGUGAGAUCAAGAUGAAGUGUUAUUCCAACCAGAAGUGACAUUCAUGACACUUACUCUUAACAACAAAUGUGGUCGCUAUGAGUUCAAAUCCAGCUCAUGCUGGCUUCCUCUCCCGCCGUACGUGGGAAGGUUUGCCAGCUAUCUGUGGAUGGUCGUGGGUUUCCCUCGGGCUCUGCCCAGUUUCCUCCCACCAUAAUGCUGGCUGUUGUCGUGUAAGUGAAAUAUUCUUUAGUAGGGCGUAAAACACCAAUCAAAUAAAUAUUCUGAACAACACUUAAUAUAGUUUUAAAGUUCUUCUUUACAAAGAAAAUGUUUCAAACUUUGUUUUUCAAUACAGCAACACGUAUCACAACUCCAAGAUUACACAUGAAAAGGGAUUUUCAUCAUUGACAACUUUAUGAGGUAAAACACUUGUUACUGAAUAUAAGGAAUCAUUUUCUGGGUUAUAUCAUGUUUACUGCAUCAAUUUGCCAUACACAAGGUUUUUGAUCCAUUCUCUAAUUCACCAAAUCUCAUAGAUAUGACGCACAUGGUUUUUCAAGAAUAAAUGUGGAUAUAAUCCAUAUUUUUGGGAUAUUUUGUUGCAUUCUUUCAUGCAUGUCUAAGUACUAAAGCUGAAAUUAGGAGAUAGGGGAU